GAAAUAGCUAAAUAUUUACAAGAUGAAGAAAAAGGAGAUUAACUUUGUUCACAUUUUGUUGUUAUUAAUAGUUUUUCCUUUAAUUUGUGUUAGUAGUGAGCACUUUGUGUUGAUUCAUGGUGGAAGCCAUGGUGCAUGGUGUUGGUAUAAGGUGGCAACUUUGCUUAAAUCAGCUGGUCAUAAUGUAACAACUGUUGAAUUGGCUGCUUCUGGUAUCAAUCCAAUACAGGUUCAAGAUAUUUGUCAAAUUUCAACAUAUUAUGAACCUUUGAUGACAUUUAUGGAAUCUCUUCCUCCAAAUGAGAAGGUGAUUCUUGUUUGUCACAGUCUUGGUGGAGUGUCUACAUCUGUUGCUAUGGAAAAAUUUCCACACAAAAUUUCUGUUGCUGUUUUUGCUACUGCAUAUGUGCUUAGUGAAAACCUCACAUACCCUAUUUUUCUUCAAGAGCAAGCUAGGAGGAGGAAGAACAUUUCUUUAAUGGACACACAAUUUUUCUUUUUUGACGGACCCAACAAACCUGCAACUGCUAGACUGUAUGGACCCAAAUUCACGGCAUCAAAGAUAUAUCAGUUAUCACCACCUGAGGAUUUGACCCUUUCAUUGUCCCUUGUGAGACCUGUACGACUUUAUAAUGAUGUUGAACUAUUGAAAAAGGAAACAGCAGUUACAAACCACAAAAAUGGAAGGGUACCUAAGAUUUUUAUCAUUGCUAAAAGUGACAAAUUAGUAUCAGAGGAUUUUCAAAAGUGGAUAAUUGAGAGAAGUGGUCCAUUUGCUGAGGUGAAAGUGAUUAAGGAUUCUGAUCACAUGGUUAUGUUCUCCAAACCAAAGAAGCUUACUUCUAUCCUUCUAAAGAUUGCCCAAAAAUUCUAAUCUUUAAUUAUAAUCAUAUAUGGUAUUUGUGCCUACCAUGCCCCAAACAAUUAUGUGUAUGGGUUGGGAAUAUAUUUCUAUUAUCAAUUUAUAAUUGUGAGUUCCAUUGAAUAAGAAUAAUUGGAGUGUC